AUGUCCGCAUACCCGUUCAACACGACCGGGGGUGCCUUUGCGCCGCCUCCGGUCUCGGCGGCAAACACGUCGCCGGCACCGAGCUCGCCGUCACCGCGGGUGUCACGGACGACGUCCAAGGCAUCGAUGCGCUCGCUGCGCGGACGGCGGUCGGUAGGCUCGUCGAACUUUGCCUCGCUGAUUCCGCGUCGACGGUCAUCGCGGAUGGGCAUGUCUCUGGCUGGGCGCCCGGGUAAGACGGCGGCGGCGGCUGCAGCUGCACGGGUUCGCGCACCGGCCAAGGCCACGGUUGCGGCGGGCCUGGGCGGCGCCGGGACGGCAUUUCUGCGGUCCGAGGCACGGGAGGCACGCCAGCGCAAGGACGCCGAGGCUGCUAGGCUGGCGGCGGCCGAAGCGGCCGGCGAUAUGCCUGCGGCGCCUGCCAGCUCGAGCGAGGCCUCGCGGUACGUGGCCGAUGUCGACGCCGUCACGCCGAUCAUCCGCGGCGAGUACUCGACGGCGCAGCGGGCAGCGGCGGUGCGGAAGCUGGCCCAUCUUGCUUGGCUCGGCUCCGAGUACACCCAGGUCUACGUCGGGCGCAUCGGGCUCAUCGGAACCAUGGCGACCAUUCUGGCAUCGGGCGACGAUGUAGAGCUCAAGCUCGCCACCCUACAGGCCCUCUCGGUUGUUGUCCGCGGCUGCCGCCCGAAUCAGGAGCGAGCCCGCAAGGUCCGCAUCAUCCCAGCCGUCACAAAGUAUCUUGACCACUCCAGAAAGGCCGUGCGCCAGUGGGCGGCGCACGCACUCUUUUUUGUACUCCACAACAACAUGGCCAACCACACCGUGGCGCUGCGGACCCACUCACUCAAGCGCCUGCUCGAGCUUGCUGCUGCCGAGCCGUGGGAGGCCUUCAAGCACAACGAGGCGCAGCAGAUCCUGUACAUGCUCGGCCUCGCCGACGUCGAGCCGCAGACCGGCUCGUCGUCGCGCUCGCGCCGCGCCGCGCCGCGCGACACCGACUCUUCGACCUCACUGAAUGCCUCGGCCUCACCGCGCCCUCCGACCUCACCGCGGUCGCCGGUCUCGCCGCGGUCGCCAGUCUCACCGCUCUCGCCGCGAUCGCCGCGGUCGCCGCGGUCGCCCGGCCACUCUGGUCAUCGCCCCAUUCAUAGCGUGCGCGGGCCUCGCGGUGGGCGAGCCACGCAGCUGCAGCGCAAGCGGUCGCUGCUAUCGAUGUGAGACGGCAUUUUAGUGUGAAGGCGCGGCUGCGGCCGGCGCAAGCGCGGCGGCAAGCUGCUUGAACAGCUGGCGCUGGUCGGCAGUGAGGCUCGAGUACUCGGCGCGGAAGUGGUACAUGGGCGACGACGACUCAAAGUCCUGGGCAAGCUCUGUGGCCCGGGCGACGAUCGAGUCUGCGACGCCGGCGAGCUUGGCCACGUUCAUGCCGUACGACUUGGAGGCGACGCCUGGGGCAAGCUUGUAGAGGAAGGUCACCUCGUCAGCCUCCUCGUCGACGUAGCAAGACAUGUGCUGGAGCGAGACACCCGGCGUGGUCGAGAACUCUUCGCAGAGCGCGUGGUAGUGGGUCGAGAAAAGGGUGCGAGCGCCGAGCCCGUUGAGAAGCUCCGAGAGGACGGCGUAGGCGAUCGAGUAACCGUCAAAGGUCGAGGUACCACGGCCAAGCUCGUCCAUGAUGACCAGCGACGACGCGGUGCCGUGCUGGAGGACGGCGGCGGUCUCGAGGAGCUCGACCAUAAACGUGGAUUGGCCACGCAUGAUGUGGUCGUGGGCGCCGAUGCGGGUAAAGAUGCGGUCGACUGG